ACUUAUUACGAACAAAUAUUAAUAGUUACCUAUAUAUAUUUGGUUAAAUUUGAGUAUGUUUGACUCCUCAGUGUGUGAGAACGACACUUUAAAAAAAGACGAAGGAAGUAGCUCGUGGGGAAUAAAGUGACGACACAUUAACAUAUUCUAUUCCAUCAAUCAAAUAAAAAACUAAAAAGUGGGAAGAUGAUAGAUUAACUCAUUUCUCAAACCAAACACCCUAUAAAAGAUUAUGAAAAUUGAAAACCGGUACAAGACGAUAUGCUAGUUACAGAAAAAACAGCUAAAUAUUUCCAAAAUUUAUUAGGCAUGCAAGGGCCCUCUAGCCUAGAAUAUAAUAAGCACCAGGGAGCGGAUUAAAGCGGAGGCAAGCAAACCGUUCUGAUGGCACAGGCACACCCUGUUCUACUCCUCCUGCUCUUCCUCUCCUCCACUGCCGUUUCUUCCUCCAAGAGAAUUCAGCCGAAGUUCUCGGCUAUCUUCUACUUCGGCGACUCGGUUCUUGACACCGGCAACAACAAUCAUCUCCCCACGGUGGCUGUAGCGAACCAUGUUCCUUACGGAAGAGAUUUCCCAGGGAAGAAACCGACGGGGAGGUUUUCCAAUGGCCGGCUUAUCCCAGACCUGCUCAACGAGAAGCUGCAACUCAAAGAGUUCUCGCCGCCAUUUCUGGACACAAGGCUGUCGAGCAACGACAUGGUGACAGGGGUGAACUUUGCAUCAGCUGGUUCAGGAUUAGAUGACCAGACGUCGCAGCUGUCCAAUACUCUACCAAUGUCCAAACAGGUGGGCCUCUUCAAGGACUACCUCCUCAGGCUCAGGGACAUUGUUGGGGAUAAGGAGGCUUCCAGGAUCAUUGCCAGCUCUCUGAUCUUUAUCAGCUCAGGAACCAACGAUUUCUCACAUUACUACCGUUCGUCGAAGAAGAGGAAGAUGGACAUCGGUGACUACCAAGAUAUUGUUCUCCAGAUGGUACAAGUUCAUGUCAAGGAAUUAUAUGACCUUGGGGGGCGACAAUUCUGUUUGGCAGGCCUUCCACCGUUUGGUUGCACACCUAUCCAAAUCACAUUGAGCAGAGACCCUGACAGGGCAUGUGUGGAUGAGCAAAACUGGGAUGCUCAGGUCUAUAACUCUAAAUUUCAGAAGUUACUUACAACGUUGCAAGGCUCACUCCAUGGAAGCAGAAUUGUGUACUUGGAUGCAUACAGAGCUCUCAUGGAGAUCCUGGAGUACCCGGCAAAACACGGAUUUACAGAGACAACACGAGGAUGUUGCGGGACUGGGCUCAGAGAGGUUGCUCUGUUUUGCAAUGCAUUGACUCCUAUCUGCAAAAAUGUGUCAUCCUAUGUAUUUUACGAUGCUGUGCACCCAACAGAGAGGGUUUACAUGUUAGUAAAUGAUUACAUAGUCAAAUACGUUAUUCCACAGUUUUAAUUAAUCAAAUACCUAAAUAAGGUUUUCUCCUUGUAUUGAUGCACACAACUAAUUAUUUUGCCUUCAUACUUUUCAAGUCCAGUAUAAAAGAGCUUCUCGUAUGCAUGAUGUAUUGAUGUGUUAUUGGAUUACUGAACAAUGGAUUUAUGAGCACUAGGUAAAUAACUCAGUCUCCCCCCAGGA